CCCACAACGGCAACGGUAGUUGCGUCAACACCUGUAGAUCGGGAGAUACCCAGAGCAAACAAGUCCUCAGUGCCCCUAGUUCUCCUGGCAAUAAACCAUCAUCCAAGAAAGAAGGUCUUUCUUUAUUGAUACGCUUACUAAGGUUCUUCCAUCUUGCAGUUCUACUUUGAUUCCUAGUGGCGUCUUAAAGUUGACAUCUCGAGGAAGGUGAAGCACUCCUCAGUUGCCGAUUCCUGUAAACUCUAAAAAUAAAGUUGAUGGAGCACACUUCGAGCGAGGAUGAUGAACUGAUCGAAGACAAUGUUGAUCUAGAAAAAGAUAUCAUGACCUCUGAUGUGGAGCAGCAGGCUGGAGAAGUUGCCGCUACCCUUCAUUUCUUCAACCACCAGGAUAAUUCUUUAGCAUUUGUGCAUUCCAUUGGAAAUGAGCUCAUUGUAUCUGAAGCAGAUGUGAAGAAUCAGGACCCUCAUCUUGGAAUGGAGUUUGAGUCUGAUACUGUUGCCAGGUUGUUUUACAAUGCUUAUGCGCUGCAACUUGGGUUUGGAAUCCGUGUCGCCAGGUCUCGCAGUGAGAGACGAAAGGGAGUUGAGGUUUUAGUCAUGAAGAGAUUUGUUUGUUUGAAGGAAGGCCAUCACAAAAAGAAGGUCACUGAAUUGACUAACAAGAAGAAGAGGAAGCGUCUCUCGAUAAGGGAUGGAUGCCCUGCAAUGAUGGAGGUGGUUCGCAGAGGUGCAGACAGAUGGGUUAUUACUAAAUUGGUGUUGGAGCACACUCAUGUUGUUGUUAGUCCAGAUAAAGUGCGUGAAAUCCAGCUUAACCAAUUAUCCGGGAAGGAUCGUGAACAUGACAACUUUUUGAGAGAGAUGAGGCAGAAGAUUUUUGGGGAAGGAGGUGCUCAGGGUCUCCUGGAGCAUUUCAAGAAAAUUCAAGCCGAGAAUUCUGGUUUUUUCUAUUCAAUGAAUGUGGAUGAUAGGAAUUGCUUGGCCAACAUAUUUUGGGCUGAUUCAAGAGCUCGAAUUGCUUACAAGUACUUCGGCGAUGCUGUUGUAUUCGAUACAACAUACAAGAAGAAUGAGAAUAUGAUGCCGUUCGCUGCAUUCAGUGGUGUCAAUCAUCAUCUAAAACCUGUUAAUUUUGGAUGUGCAUUGAUAUUAGACAAGACUGAAUCAUCCUAUGCUUGGUUGUUUGAGACUUGGUUGACUGCAAUGUCAGGACGCCAUCCAAUCUCGUUAACCACUGAUCAAGACAAGGCUUUGGGAGCUGCUGUUGCAAAGGUAUUCCCUACUGCUUGCCACAGAAUCUGCAAAUGGCGUAUCUUAUCUAGAUGCAAGAAGAAGCUCUCUGAUGUUUACUCGAGGUAUACUACUCUGCCUGAAGAGCUAAAAAGAUAUGUCUUGGAGUGUGAAACAGCUGAUAUGUUUGAAGCAUGUUGGAAGCUGGUUAUUGACAAAUAUAAUCUUAGGGAAAAUGCCUGGUUGCAGCUAGUAUACAAUAUUCGUAAUAAAUGGGUUCCUGCAUAUCUGAAGGACUCAUUCUUUGCAGAAUUAUACACCACUCAAAGAUCAGAAAGUAUGAACACUUUCUUCCGAAAGAACUUCGACACAAGUAUCUCCCUGCCAGCUUUCAUUUCUAAGUUUAAUCAAGAAAUGGAUAUUCGGUACGAGAAGGAAAUGCACGACGAUUUUGAUGCGUUGCAUUCCCAACAGAUUCUGAAGACAGAUUUGCAUAUGGAGAAACAAGCAGCCAGUAUCUACACAAGGUCAGUAUUUGAAAGAUUUCAGGCUGAAUUGGUUGAAGCCUUGGAUCACUAUGCUGUCAAAUUUCAGGAAGGUACUAUCAGCAAAUAUACUGUCGAAAGGGACGGAGAUGGUCAUAAAAGGCAAAUUGUUGCCUUUAAUGAAUCGGAGAAAAAAGUUGUCUGCACUUGUUACAAGUUUGAGUCAUCUGGUUUAUUAUGUAAGCAUGUGCUUACAGUCUUCUUCUGCAACGGUGUGAUUUUGCUACCAGAACAUUAUAUUCUGAAGAGGUGGACAAAGAAGGCAAAGAGUGGGAUUGUCUUGGACGAAAGAGAUGUCGAAAGUCAAAAUUACUCUCAAGAAUCUCCGAUUUUACGAUAUCGCGAUAUCUUCCGAGAUGCUUUAAAGGUUGCUGAGAAGGGAGCAGCCUCAGUAGAGAUUUACAGGAUUGCAAAAGAGGGGCUACGCAAAGCUUUUCUGGAAAUUGUUGGUCUUGAGGAAGAGGCACUCAAACAUGGGUUUCGUCAUGCUUUGAACAUCUGAAAAGAAUUAGCUUUGAUGGAGCUUGCAUUGUUUCCUGUUUAAUAUCCACUUCUCUGAAAGAACUUUCAUGGUUGGAGACUACAUGUUUUAAUCUGAUGCUUCAGGAAUGGCUUGCUUUUAUGAGUUUUUCAUGUUCCUGGAGAAGUUGAUGUAAAUAUUUUUAGAAUUUCAUUUUCUAUUAUAAGCUACAAUUACCUAUAAGUACACAUUAUACUG